AUGAGGUCUAGAAUACCAAACUUGUCAAACCAGCAGCACGCCGGCUCGCUGAAUGACCCAUUUCGCCUGACUCCUCAUACUUGGUGGCAAUCUGAAAACGUGCAUCAAGAACCAGUGUCGCCAGUGACGAUAGGAAUUGUGCGGCAAACGCAUAUCAUGCCAUCCUUUUCUAGACGUGUUGAUUUAGAUGAUUCACGUCCCUCUCUACCUCCCGCCGAUGGUAUUACUCGCGAUAUUUGGUCGCAGGAUUUGAACGUGAUAUUGAAAAAUGGGCCUUCAGAGGCUAUCUUUACACCACGAAGGACACUCUGUCGCAUCCGAAUACAUCCACUGUCAAACACACCCUUCCCACAAUCGCAUCGGAUCGUAAUGUCAAUGCCACUGGAUAAUGUAUUGGAAUUAUGGCAGUUUAGUUGCGAUCCCUUCUCGUUUCGAACGCUGGUUAAUGAGCACGAGUGGGACUUGCCUGGACGAGAUAGUGAGAUUGUAUUUGAAGAUUUUGGGGGAUUCUUGAUGCGGAGGAUUGAGGAUUGUGUCGGUAAUGAAGCCAGGUUCACGGCCACAGUAACAAUAGACUCAGGAUGCAACGACGCAUGCCUAUCAUUCGAAGAAAUUGUGCAUGGAUAUAGGACUGUCUCGCUACUUAAACUGAACUUUCGACCUGUACCUUGGGAUCAUGUUGUCAAAGACAUCAAACAGGAAUACCAUCGUCUAAAAGAAAUACAAUCCGCUAUUAAGAGUGCACUAGUCGAAGCACUUGAAGUCACUGCGCGACAAGCUCCUCAAGUCAUGUUAAAUGUUGUAGAGAAUGAGAGAGGACGGGGACUAGUUACGUGGUCACAAGAGGAUGUUACACCUGGAACAGCUGUAUAUGCACAUACCAUCCCGAUAUCAGUGAAACUGGGAAAUGAUGAAAAGGAAGAUCUCAAGCUGACUUUCACCAUGUUUUCGAAUGGAAUGGACUCGUCAACAACAACCUACUACAAGCUGUGUGUGACAUCUCCAUCUGACAUCAUGUUUAAAUUCGAGUCUGGAGAAAUCUCUCAUCAGGCAUUCUUCGAAAUCACCCGACGUUUACAAGUCGCAGGUCAUACACCUUCGACACACAAGUAUUCAAGGACGGAGAUACUUGGAUUCCAUCCUCAAGAUGGUAUCGCAGGUGGUGUUGUUGGCGUAUUGGGAGGUGACUUCUUGGCUGGAGUCGCUACCGAACCUCAGAGAUACACAGCCGAAAUCAGAUUAGACGCAAUAGCAAUCACAUCAUCACCAAUCCAUUACGAUCCCAAGACGAGGCAAUCACCUACUCGACCAACAACAUCCUUUCCGAAACGAAAACGACAGGCAAAGUUGGUGUUUUACGAACAUGUUCUCUUCAAGACUCAAGAAAUGAUGUCUAUCAAGCUUGAAGAGACGGAUCCUGCUACGCUGGCGGAUAGUGUUGGACGCAAGUUCGCGCUUAUUGCUGACGACAUCCGCACAUCACGAUCUCGAAUAAUGGCACUUCUAGAAGCCUCAAAACCACGACGAGAUCCAUCUCUACAUGCAUCACUGCUCGAUUUGGUGGGAGUAUGGAUGUCAAGCUCGGGAUUAUCAGCCUCCAAUGCACCUCUCGUCAUUCCAAGACCAGUGUCUCCUUCAAGACUACCCAUCCUGACUGAGCAAAAGGAGAUCCGAAUGCCAAUUUGGAUGCGACAUGGUGGAAGGUCUAGUAGGAGUGCGUCUCCAACAAGAUCACAGUCUCCUACACGAGCAUCAAGCCCAACAGCAAGAGCAAGAUCCCCAUCAAGACUAGCUAUUCCAGUAGCAAGAGCAGUGUCACCGUCACGAGCAUCUAGUCCGACCACAACGUCAAGAGUGUAUCAAGAGCCAUUAAUACGCUUGUUACCAAAUCGACCUGCAAGUAGUAUAGGACUCUCAAGACCAACGAUCCAGUCUGAAGUCAAGAACGAAAAAGUCAAGGGAUGGUUGAGCCCAUCACAGAUAUCAAGGGGUGCUUGGUCUGAACCACAUAGGAUGAGGUGA